CUCAAUAAUUUAUUUAAAUCAACACUCAUAUAAAUAGGGGUGAGUACAUCGAUUUUGACCAUUUCCUGAGUUCCAAUUCACAUAAGUGCUUGUGGCCAGAGGUAGGUAGAUGGAGAAAAUAUUUUGCCCUCUUCAAGAGCUUUAGCCUGAGUACUAGCACAGGUGUUUCAGUGGUGUCUGAAAGUCAAAGUGAAACUGUAUUGCUUGUGGCUAUCUAGUUCCUGAAUUAUAAAAGAAACUGCUGAUCUUCAUUGCUGUUUUUUGAAUAUUUUGUUACUGACAGAUCAAAUAUUCACUAGGCUUUAUCAAGUAUGCCUGUGUGUGUAUUCACAUCAUUAAACUAAUAUUUACUGCACACUCCUCUAAGUACUAUAUGUGUGUUGACUUAUUUAAUUCUCUCAACAGUCUGUGAGGAAGUCCUUAUCAUUCUUUAUGUUAAGAUAAGGACCAGCCUGGCCAACAUGGUGAAACCCUGUCUCUACUAAAAAUACAAAAAAUUAGGCCCGGCGCGGUGGCUCACGCCUGUAAUCCCAGCACUUUGGGAGGCCGAGGCGGGCGGAUCACCUGACAUCAGGAGUUUGAGACCAGCCUGGCCAACGUGGUGAAACCCCGUCUCUACUAAAAACACAAAACAAAAUUAACCAGGUAUGGUGGCGGAUGCCUGUAAUCCCAGCUACUCAGGAGGCUGGGCAGGAGAAUCGCUUGAACCCGGGAGGUGGAGGUUGCAGUGAGCCGAGAUCACACCACUGCACUCCAGCCUGGGCGACAGAGCAAGACUGUCUCAAAAAAAAAAAAAAAAAAAAAAGGAAAGGGAAGUAUCGGGAGGUGAUCACACAGUCCUAGUUCCACACUCAACACUGACUGCCACAGCCACUGCUGUACAGGGAGGGCCACUGGCUGGCCUGUCUACACGUGUUCUUCCAGGGAAAUGAUGCAACUGUCAGACGACAUUCAGACCCUGAUAGGGUAUCAUCCACAAACACAACCUGGAGGCACAGUGUACCCGCUUCAGCUUUUGAACUCUGCUUACAGUAUUAUUGGAGUGGUCAAAAUGGGGAUGGCUUCUACAACAAAACCUCUAAAACCAAAGGAACAGGAUUUGUCACAACUCCUGGUGUCCUCAGGGACAAAUGCACCUUGGUGAUGCUGAGGGCUGGGACUCAGGCUGCGCCUGUUCCGCUGCUGCAGCCUCACUUUGUCCCGUCCCUGACUUGGAAUGAAAUACUUGCCUCCAGCUGGGAUGUAAACAUUUUGGAGUCUUUCGAUAUUUGUUCCAAUUUAGCCAGUCAUCAUUGACAUUUUCCUGGAAAUUUGCACAAUAUUCUUUCAUUUGUUUUAACACUGGGAUGAAUUCCAAAUGAAGAAGGCUCACUAUUCUUGUGUGUUUUUAAAAAAAAUUUUGAACCUCUCCCUCCAUUUUUAGAUGAAUAAAUGUGAAGAAAGAGACGAAAGAACAUAGAAUUCAGAAAAAUGAUGUGGAUGUAUUAACUAUGCCUAAGUUACCAAACCGAGCCUCCUGAAGACUCUACGUUGGUCACCCCCAUCCAUGUCAUAUUCAGGCAGGGCGGCCGCAAGUGGAUGCCGGUGUGCUUCUGACUUCGGGUUUUCUCUGAAAGCCAUUAAGACAGGAAACAAAGGAUGUUACGUCGUGAUGACGAACAUAGAACAGCUUCUAAAACAAACAAGUUACAUAGUGAUGAGGAACAUAGAAGAGCUUCUAAAACAAAGGAUGUUACGUAGUGAUGACGAACAAGAACAGCUUCUACUUCUUCUCUGAGAAAACACCAAAUGGCGGAUAACGCCGGUGCAGCGGGGGCCGGAAGCCCCGGGGGACCCUGGGAUGGGGAACUGCGGUGGUUUCCGCUGAGGUUUCCGCAGUGGCAUCCGGGCCGGGGUCGCGGCCGUGGAUCUGGCCGUGGACCGGGCCAGGGCCGAGGUUGCGGAGCUCGCGGAGUCAAGGCCAAGGAUAAGGGGUGGACGCCCAUUACCAAGCUGGGCCUCCUGGUCAAGGACAUGAAGAUCAAGUCCCUGGAGGAGAUCUAUCUCUUCUCUCUGCCCAUCAAGGAAUCUGAGAUCAUUGGCUUUUUCCUGGGGGCCUCUCUCAAGGACGAGGUUUUGAAGAUUAUGCCGGUGCAGAAGCCGACCCGCGCCGGCCAGCGCACCAGGUUCAAGGCAUUUGUUGCCAUCGGGGACUAUAAUUGCCACGUCGGUCUGCGUGUUAAGUGCUCCAAAGAGGUGGCCACUGCCAUCCGCGGGGCCAUUAUCCUGGCCAAGCUCUCCAUUGUCCCCGUGCGCAGAGGCUACUGGGGGAACAAGAUCGGCAAGCCCCACACCGUCCCUUGCAAGGUGACAGGCCGCUGCGGCUCUGUGCUGGUCGGCUUCAUCCCCACGCCCAGGGGCACUGGCGCCGUUUCGGCGCCUGUGCCCAAGAAGCUGCUCAUGAUGGCUGGUAUGGAUGUCUGCUACACCUCAGCCAGGGGCUGCACUGCCACCCUGGGCAACUGCGCCAAGGCCACCUUUGACCUUACAGCUCUAAGACCUACAGCUACCUGACCCCCCGACCUUUGGAAGGAGCCUGUAUUCACCAAGUCUUCCUAUCAGGAAUUCACUGACCACACCUGGUCAAGGCCGACGCCAGAGUCCCCGUGCAGAGGACCCAGGCUCCAGCUGUGGCUACAACACAGGGUUUUAUACACAAAAAAUAAAGUGAAUUAAGCCUGUGGGGGAAAAAAAGAAAAAAGAACAGCUUCUAAAAUAAAGAUUGAUUAUAAUAGGCUGGGUGAGACUUCUGACAAAUCCAGACAUCAGGCAAUAGGAAUUCUCCCUGAGUUGAGAAAUACAGUCCUAACUGUUUAUUCAGUCAAGGAGGAUUACAGAGCAACACGCUAGAAGAAGAUUUAAGGAUGAAAAGUCCACAUGAUGAAAGAGGAAGUGUCACCUUGGAGGGUUUGGCAUUCAACAUUGGAUUAAACUGAAGCCCAGGAAUUCCUACAAAACAUCCCCCCACCUAGUACUAAGUAAUCUUCACUAUCUGCCUGACAAUGGAAUGUAGGAAUUGUGUCACACCCAGAGGGUGCAGGUGGAGUUUUCUCAGGAUGCCGCAGUGCAGGGGCAGUGUGGGAUUUAAUAAUAUUUUGAGAAUAAGAAGAAUCAAGUUGGGAGGUUUUAGGAAUAGUGAAGUUACCUCCCAUAAAGUCCCUUUCCCGAGAUUGCAGAUAUCAUCAUGUACUUAACAAAACCCUACUAAUCAGAGAUAUGUAUUGUACAAAUGAAACCUUGGGUGGACAACAAGAAGUGUGAAAAAAGUUGAACUCAGGUCAGGCACGAUGGUUUACGCCUGUUAUCCCAGCACUCUGGGAGGCCAAGGCAGGCAGAUCAUGAGGACAAGAGAUCAAGACCAUCUUGGCCAACAUGGUGAAACCCUGUCUCUACUAAAAAUACAAAAAUUAGCCAGACUUGGUGGCGGGUGCCUGUAGACCCGGCUACUUGGGAAGUUGAGGCAGGAGAAUUGCUUGAACCCGGGAGGUGGAGGUUGCAGUGAGCCGAGAUCGUGCCACUGCACUGCAGUCUGGCAACAGAGCAAGACUCCGUCUUAAAAAAAAAAAAAAAAAAAAAAGUUGAACUCAAUAGAAACCAAAGAAAGGCAAUGUUAAGUAAUUUUCCACUUGCCAAUUUGGCAGAGAGUAGAAAGGAACAAUAAUGACCAGUAUUUGUGAGGGUAUCAGGAAAUGGCAGCUCAUACUGCUAUGGUAAAAGUAUAAACUGAUGUGAUCUGUCAUUCAUUGCCUUUUCAAAAAGUAUAAUAUAUAAAUAUAUAUAGCAGUGUUUAAAACUGUAACAUUAUUUUUAUUGCCCAGGAAGUUCAAAUAAAAAUAAACAUCUUCAUAGUAAGAAAAUGGUACAAUGGGCCAGGUACAGUGGCUCAUACCUGUAAUCCCAGCACUUUGGGAGGCCGAGGUAGGCAGAUCACCUGAGGUCAGGAGUUUGAGAUUAGCAUGGCCAACAUGGUGAAACCUCGUCUCUACUAAAAAUACAAAAAUUAGGCGGGCGUGGUGGCGGGUGCCUCUAAUCCCAGCUACUCAGAGGCUGAGGCAGAAACCUGAACAAACAUCUUUCAUUAAAGGAUAUUCUUAGGCAUAUGAGGCCAUGUGAGCCCACAGCGAGAAGGCUGCCAUCUGCUGGCCAAGAGAAUUGGUCUCGGAAUGAAACCACCUUGUGGCCACCUUGAUCUUGGACUUCCAGCUUACAGAACUGUGAGAAAUACAUUUUUGUUGUUUAAGUCACCCUGUCUAUGAUAUUUUGUAUGGCAGCCUGAGCUAUGAUAUAUGGAAUGCCUAUUUAUUAUUUUUUAACAUCUAUUUCAAUCUUAUCAGGUAGCUACUUCAUUAGCCCAACGUUGCACAUUGAGGUUUACGGAACUAACUUGUCCAAUGUCACACAGCUGAUCACUGGAAGAACCAGGAAUUAAAGUCUUCUGAUUCUAAAU